AAAGAACAGAAUUAAAAACUUUAAUUUAUCAAUUCAAAUCACUCGCUUCAAUUUUCAAGUAACAUUUAACUCUAGAAAUCACCUGAGUUUGCGCCGCCGCCGCCACUUCCGAAAACGUUAGUUCACCGCACGAUGGGUCACUGCUUGAUGCACCGGUGAUAAGGACAUGGCGGGUUUUGAUUGAACUUUUAAAAGCACGGGGUCUGGAAAUUAGGGGUAAGAAAGUGAGAAGAGAUAAUGCAAGGAUUAUGAAAAGGGAAAUUUAAAGUGAGCAGGCAGACAAAGUCAAUCUCCGGUGGAUGGAGGUGGUGCUGCCGUAUCCUACUCCUUCUCCCCACUUGUCAACGGCAGCGAUAAAAUGUUCAAAACUUUACUUAGUAGUGAGGCUGUGGAAACAGAGCAGCAGAUGGGGCCAGAGACAGAAGAAGGACAAGAAUAUGAUGGUAAAAUACAGUGAUGGUGGGAAGGAGCUAGGUGGCGGUGAAGGCGGGAAGAUGGUGGUGAAACUGGUGGGAGCAUUCAAGGAGCUGACAGAGAGAAUGAACAGUCAAAUGGUUUCCAGCAGCUCUUCACGCUUACUCUUCAAGGCCCUUAAGCUCUCUAUUCCCAUUCUUCAGAACUUACCUGUCUCUCCCGAUGGCCGCUCCCCUCUCUCCAAGGCUUUGUCCCUUGCUCUUCUUCUCGCCGAUCUUCAGAUGGAUGCAGAAGUGAUUUCAGCCAGCAUUCUGACACAAGUUUUUGAAGAGGGUGCAAUAUCUUUACAUGAAAUCAGAGAUCGUAUAGGCACCGGAACUGCGCUUCUCCUCCAUGAAAGUUUACGGGUGAAGAACGUUCCUUCUAGAGUUGAAGUUUUGGAUGAUGAAGGCGCAGCUGCUUUGAGAAAGUUCUGCCUCACCUACUAUGAUAUUCGAGCUAUAAUACUUGAUUUGGCUCUCAAGCUUGAUAUGAUGAGACAUUUAGAUUAUCUCCCUAGGUACCAUCAGCAAAUGCUUGCUCUUCAGGUUAUGAAAAUACAUGCCCCCUUGGCUCAUGCCAUUGGUACCAACUCCUUGUCGUUGGAGCUGGAAGACCUCGCCUUUCAUUGCCUCUUCCCGGUUUCCUACCUUUACUUGGAUACAUGGUUAUGCAGCCUUAACACGGGAAGUAAUAAGCCUCUUAUCGAUGUAUAUACAGAAGAGCUUCAUCGAGCUCUUAAAGACGAUCCUGUCUUAGCAGACAUGGUUGAUGGCAUCUCAGUUAAAGGGCGGUUUAAAAGUCGGUUCAGCACAAUGAAGAAGCUCUUGAAAGAUGGUCGGAAGCCGGAGGAAGUUAAUGACGUUCUAGGUUUAAGGGUGAUAUUGAAGCCAAAAUCUGGGCAAGAUGUGUCGGAAAUAAUAGGCGAGGAAGCAUGCUAUAGGGCUCGCGAAAUUAUCCAAUCAUUAUGGAAAGAAAUGCCUCACAGGACAAAGGAUUAUAUUGGCAGGCCGAAAGCUAAUGGAUAUAGGAGUUUGCACAUGGCAGUUGAUGUGAGUGGGAGUGGGAAGACUAGACCGCCGAUGGAAAUCCAAAUUAGGACUAUGGAGAUGGAUAUGCUAGCAGCUGACGGAACAGCGUCUCAUUCAUUAUACAAGGGGGGUCUUACUGAUCCUGAAGAGGCAAAGCAGCUGAAGGCUAUAAUGAUGGCAGCAGCUGAAUUUGCAGCGUUGCGUCUUAGAGAUCACCCAUCUUCUAAAAACGUGAAGCUUGACCUGAGAGAUCGAGUAUUUCAACAGUUUGACAAGAACGGUGAUGGGCGUAUCAGCAUAGAGGAACUUAUGGAAGUAAUGGAAGAGCUUGGUGCCCCAGGGGAAGAUGCACAAGAAAUGAUGCAGCUUCUUGAUUCUAACAGUGAUGGUUCUCUAAGCUCUGAUGAAUUUGAUACUUUUCAGAAACAGGUAGAAUUCAUGCGGGCUUUAGAAAACAGAGAUGACGAAUACAAGCUUAUGCUGAAUGAGAAACUUAAAAUGCUUGGCAGAUGAGAGCUUGGCAAAGAAAGAGGUUUGCGUAACAAUUAUUAAAGUAAAUAAUUUGUUUUGAUAAUUAAUGUAUAGUAAACAUUUGUGCAAGCAAUGAAACGAGAAAUUUGCCUUUAUUAAAAAGAUAAGAGCAUUAUUAUAUUCA